UACUGAUUUAUCAAAUCCGAGGCUUAAUUUUGUCCCAAAUGGCCGUCCGGCAAGUUCCAGCUUAAAUCCUGUUCUAAAUCCCUUACCAGACAGGCCCUAAAUGCCAGAUUUCCUGUUAGGGUUUUUGCCGUUUUGCAGGAUUUAGCUGGAAAACCCUUGCCAGAUCUUUCCCCAUGCCUACAUCUCUCCACCAAAGGCAGCAACAGCAAAAGCCUUCAGGCGACGCAUUUCCCCUUUCCCCUCGCUCCUCCUCCCUCAACUAUGCCUUCCAUCACCGCACAUACUCCCUCUUCGGCCGCUCCGGCCUCCUCCUCCUCCUACUCUCCCUCAUUCUCCUCUUCUGCGUUUUCAUCCCCUUAAUUCGCCCCAUCACGCCCUUCCUCUUCUCCUCCCCCUCCUCCCUCUCCUACUGGCGAGAUUACACCCUAGCUCAAGCCGUGACCUUCGUUGGCGGAAAGAACGGCACCAUCAUCGUUUGCGCGGUGAGCCAACCCUACCUCCCCUUCCUCCAAAACUGGCUUAUCAGCAUCUCCAGACAGAAUCAUCAGGAUGAAGUCCUCAUCAUUGCCGAGGACUACGCCACACUGUACACGGUCAACCAGAGGUGGCCUGGUCACGCCGUCCUCGUCCCUCCCGUUCCUGAUUCCCGCAUCGCCCAUAAAUUCGGAUCCCAGGGUUUCUUCAAUUUCACAUCUCGGAGGCCUAGGCAUCUUCUUGAUAUCUUGGAGCUAGGCUAUAAUGUGAUGUAUAACGAUGUGGAUAUGGUUUGGCUUUCUGAUCCUUUCCCUUAUCUGGAAGGGCACCAUGACAUUUACUUCACCGAUGAUAUGGCUGUUGUGAAGCCCUUGAAUCAUUCUCAUGGCUUGCCGCAACCUGGGAAGAAAGGAAGAACAUACAUUUGUAGCUGCAUGAUCUUUCUUCGUCCUACAGAUGGAGCAAAAGCUGUGUUGAGGAAAUGGAUUGAAGAGCUUCGACUUCAGCCGUGGUCUAAAAAGAGCAGGUCGAAUGACCAGCCUGCUUUUAACUGGGCUCUGAACAAAACUUCUUUCCAGGUGGAUCUCUAUUUGUUGCCUCAGUUUGCUUUCCCAUCAGGAGGGUUGUACUUCAAAAAUGAGACAUGGGUCAAGGCAACUCAAGGGAAGCAUGUGAUCAUUCACAACAACUAUAUUACUGGCUUCGAUAAGAAGAUUAAACGUUUUCAUGAUUACGGACUCUGGUUGGUGGAUAAUUAUGCUCAUGUGUCGCCGCUUGGGCGAAUAUAAGCAAAAGAUGAAUAUUUGGCCUAAUUCUUUUGUAAAACAAAGCUGUGAAUUUCUUUUUUGCAAGUUAAGGAGCAUUAGAUCUUAGCUUGAAGAAGAAAAGUUGUCAAUUUGUUUUGGCAAGCAAUGCUUCCAAGGAAAGAUGUUUUUGUAGGUUACUUAAAAUAUGUGGAACUCAAUAUUUAUCUGUGAAUUUCUUGUGCACAUAUAACUGUGGGCUUACUCAUAUGACUUAAAUUCUAUUGUUUUCCA